CGGACCUUGGAAUGCGGGGUUUUAGCAUGUUUCAGGGCGAGCAUCACCCAGUCGGGGUCAAUCAACAUCCUCGGUUUCGAGAUGUCCAACACGCCAUUGGCAGUCUCUGCUUGCUUUCACUCUUGGUGCUAUGUUUCAUAGUUAUAGGGGCUGUAGGCCAAACUUCAUUGUCAUUAGACGGUGAUCCUGGAGGUGGAGGGUAGUGUUAUCGCCAGACUAUCUGCUGCUAUUAUUGUAUAUUCAGCUAUAGUGAUAAUCCCUCUUACUGGGAACUAAGUGAGCUCAUGUGUCUAAGAAUCAGGUCUUAGGAGAAAAUUCAGGUGAAACAUUCUGCCAUCUACUGUACAAAACAGCAGGGGGUCGGUCUCUUGCCUGUGUUGGAUUAUUGCAUGGUUCAAUAAGCUUUGCUG